CCAUGACUUCACCACACCCUACAUGUGUAGAAUUUAUCAGACUUUUAGGACUAAAUAUGAAACAUUAACCCUUUCUACUUGCCUUAUGAUUCGGUAUUAUAGUUUUUUAGCAUUCAAAAUACUGUCAGUGCAUUUAUUGUUGACUCUUUUAAACAAAAGGUGCAUACAUUUGGAAAUAAUCAUAAUAGUCUAAUUUUAACUUAACAGAACACUGUAGUGGCAUGAAAGAGAUACCAUGACUUUCCAAAAUGUUCAUUGAAUUUAUAAAAUUCCAUGUCUUGCCAGGCCUGGAAAAUUAUAUUUUCAAUUUCCAUGACUUUCCAGCAUUUCCAUGACCGUGGGAACCCUGAAUAUCAUAUGAGCACUUAGUCUUUCAGGAUAAUAAAGCAUAUAUGCAUUUUUAUGUUAGAGAAAGGUGUAAACUAAAAUGAAUAUAAGCAGCACAGCCAAAAGGGUGGUGAAGCUUAAACAUUACGAUUAAGUUUGCAAAUGUCAGUUAUCAGUUAAGGCUGGGCUGAUGUAAACAAGGUUUUUAUCUCAGAACAACACGUGCAUGUCAUGCCUUCCCUCACAUGGACGAACUUCACACAGCCAUGACUCAGACAAACCUAAGCACUUAUGUUGAAUCCAACGGCUACACUUCUGCUGCCAAUUUGGGCUUUGGCCAACCUGAUCAUCAUGAUAAAUGGGUCAGAGUCUCUCCACCCUGUCUUGAGUGGUCCUACUUUGGCAUACCUCAGGACCAGAGCGGUUUUCAGGUGUGUGGUCUCAGGUGCUCCUCCUCCGGUCACAUAUGAACUGCUAAAAGACCAAAGCACCCCCAUCAGCAGUGGGACAGAUCUCCAGGGAGAUCAGCCUGCAUUAUUCUUCCUGAAGGUUGACCUGGCGUCAGGAGGGUUGUACCACUGCAAGACAAAGGCUGACAACAUAGAAGGAGUCAGUAACAGCAUCAGACUAACUGUAGUCAUUCCUCCAUUAGAAACCAGAAUAACUUCAGAGCCCUUCCCACCCAUGGCCUAUGAGGGGUCCCGUCUGGUCCUCUGCUGUAAUGUGUCCCGUGGCUCUCACCUGUCGUACUCCUGGUUCUUCAACAGGAGGGAGGUGCUGCCCUCCUCCUCACCUCUGCUCCGCUCUCAGGGGAACAGUUUGGUGAUAGACAGGGUCCAGCCUGAACAUGAGGGGCCUUACUACUGUAUGGCCUGGUCCACUGUGCAGGACAUCAAGAGGUUCUCCAGCAGCAGAGAGGUACAUCUCACUGUCAAAGUCUAUGUGACCAAGCCUCAGCUCUCACUGGCCGUCUCCAAAGAGGCUGGUGGUGGUUUGGUGGGGAACAUUAGCUGCAGUGUGUCCCGGGGCAGUCCUCCCAUAAACUUUACUCUUCUCCUGGACGACAGAGCAGAGGGCACAGUCACCGGGUCUGGAUCACUGUCCGUCUGGUUUUGUGUCUCCAUGGUCCCUGGGCUGGAGAUGGGCAGAGCACACAUGCACUAUAGGCAUCCCUGCUCCCCGCCUCGCACCCCUGAGCCUGAUAGCCUGGACAUGGGAGAUAUCACAGAGAGAGCUGGGGCAUGA